CAGGCGGACCCGUGAGCCUGAGCCUGUUUACACGGGGGAGACUGGGGACGGAGGCGACAGUCGGUCCGAGUGCACCAGGCCCAGUGGAGGUGGGGGUCUCGGCUGAGCCCGCCGGGUCCGCCCGUUCGCCCGCUUCUCACGGCUCCGUUCUGCUCACAGGAUCCCAUGGCGGCCGCGGCGCUGUCGGACCGGGCUCAGGACUGUGUGACCUUCGAGGAUGUGUUCGUGUCUUUCUCCCGGGAGGAGUGGGAGCUCCUCGAGAAGGCUCAGAGACUCCUGUACCGUGAUGUGAUGCUGGAGAACUUCGCGCAUGUGGCCUCACUGGCUUGUUGGCGUGAAGCAGACAGUGAGGAGGCCCCUUCUGAGCAGAGCAAUUCCAUAGGAGUGCUGCAGAUCAGGACUGCAAUGUCAGGUUCAUUUAUCCGGGAAGCCCACCCGUGGGAGAUGCGUGACCCACUCUUGAAAGACAUUUUGCACCUGCCUGAACACCAGGGAUCACACUCCACGCAGAAACUGUACACAUGUGGCCCCUGUGGGAGAGGAUUCUUGUCCAGUGCAAACUUCUACCAGCACCAGAGGCGAUAUGCUGGAGAGAAUCCCUUCUGGGAGGAUGAUGGUGGGGCCUCAUUUGUGAAGAGCUGUGCAGUCCACAUGUUAGGGAGACCCUUUACUUGCAGGGAGGAAGGGAUGGACUUGCUGGACAGCUCUGGUCUCUUCCAGCACCAGACCACUCACAGUGGGGUGAGUCCGUACAAAAGGACUGAGUUCCCGGAGUCUCUCCCACGCAGCUCCAGUCUCGGGCAACACCAGGGAGACCCUGAUAAACGGAUGCUCUUCAGUUGCAGUGACAAUGGGCAAGGCUUCCUGAACACCUUCACUCUCCUUGAGAACCAGGUAACUCAUACUGAAGUGAGACCUUUUAGAUGCCUACCACAUGCGAAUAUGUCCAAGGAGAAACCAGCUCUCGUUCAUCACAGAAAAAUCCACAGUGGAGGAACAUCACAUCUGUGUAAGGAGUGUGGAAAGGCUUUCAUUCACCUGUCCCACUUAAAAAUGCACCAGAGAUUUCACACUGGAAAAAGACAUUACACAUGCAGUGAAUGUGGGAAAGACUUCAGUCGCAAAGACACACUUGUCCAGCACCAGAAAGUUCACACUGGAGAAAGAUCUUAUGACUGCAGCGAAUGUGGAAAAGCCUAUAGCAGAAGCUCCCACCUGGUUCAGCACCAGAGAAUUCACACUGGGGAAAGGCCUUAUAAGUGCAGUGAAUGCGGAAAAGCCUUCAGCCGUAAAGACACGCUUGUUCAGCACCAGAGAUUUCAUACUGGAGAAAGGCCUUACGAGUGCAGUGAAUGUGGGAAAUUCUUUAGCCAAAGCUCCCACCUUAUUGAGCACUGGAGAAUUCAUACUGGGGCAAGGCCUUAUGAAUGCUUUGAAUGCGGAAAAUUCUUUAGUCAUAACUCCAGCCUUAUUAAACAUCGGAGAGUCCACACAGGAGCAAGGUCUUAUGUGUGCGGCAAAUGUGGAAAGGCUUUCAGCUGCAAAGACACACUUGUUCAGCACCAGAUAAUUCACACUGGAGCAAGGCCUUAUGAGUGCAGCGAAUGUGGGAAAGCCUUCAGCCGUAAAGACACACUUGUGCAGCACCAGAAAAUCCACACUGGGGAAAGGCCUUAUGAGUGUGGUGAAUGUGGGAAAUUCUUUAGCCAUAGCUCAAACCUUAUUGUACACCAGAGAAUUCACACUGGAGCGAAGCCUUAUGAAUGCAGUGAAUGUGGGAAAUGCUUUAGCCACAACUCCAGCCUCAUUCUACACCAGCGAGUUCACACUGGAGCAAGGCCUUACGUGUGCAGUGACUGUGGAAAAGCCUAUAUUAGUAGCUCCCACCUUGUUCAACACAAGAAAGUUCACACUGGAGCCAGACCUUAUGAGUGCAAUGAAUGUGGGAAAUUCUUUAGCCGCAAUUCUAGCCUCAUUCUACACCAGAGGGUUCACACUGGAGAAAAGCCUUAUGUGUGCAGUCAAUGUGGAAAAGCCUACAGCAGAAGCUCCCAUCUUGUUCGGCACCAAAAAGUUCACACUGGAGAAAGGCCUCAUGAAUGCAGCAGUUUUGGUGGUCCUUUAGCUGCAUCUCUUAAACUUGUUUAGCACCAAAAACUUCAUAUUACAGAAAGGCCUUAUAAAUGCAAAAAAUGUACUAUGUCCUUGUUCACCCUAAUAGAGCUCACACCAGGGAAAAGCUCUGUGAGUACCCUUUGUGAGGGAGCCAUCAGCCAGGAUAUGAACCUUGUACCUUUAUAUAUCCACCCUGGGGAGAUUCCCGGUAAGUACCACGUAGGUGGAAAGCUUUCGUGAGAUAUGUUGCACUUCCUAAACUGUCCAGCACUCUUGACAAAGAUAUAUAACUGUCAGUGCCUGUGACGGAAGCCAUCUCAUUGCUACCAGCUGUCAGGAUCACACAGUCUGUCAGUCACUCUAAUAUGCUCAUGGAAGGCAGAUCCCUGUGCCUUCUCUCCUGCUCCCUGGAGGGAAUCGUGUGUUUGGAGCCCAUUGACAGCCCGCCUUUUCUCCCCCAUGACUGGGUUCUGAGUGAACUUGAUCUAAGCUCUGGCCAGAAGAAUCUGAGCUGGUCACUGCCAGGGAUUUCCAGACCAGAUUUCCCUUUUUUAUGGACAAUGUUGACUGUAAACAUGAGAGCUGUGCUUCCAAAUCACCCAGCUUUGGAACUGCCUGCCCUGUGCUGCUCUGCUUUGUGCAGUGAUAAAGCCCUGUUGUGGCAGUCGUUACUCUUGGGACGGGUCUUUGUACUUUGUGGAACAGGUUGAGAAAAGAAGUAAGUUCUGCCAAUGUGAAGGGAGGAGCUCCUUUUGUCGGCACCAACUUCAUGUGCCUCAGAGGGGACAGCAGGCAGGCAGAGAGCAGAUCUCAGUCUGCUUCGGCCUAAUUUGCAUUGUGGGGCAAGUCUUGGUAGAAAAGACUGAAGAGCUUUGUGUGCCUCCUCCUGUGGCCUGGAAGUCAGGAUUUCCUGUGAGCCCAGAGUUCAUUCUGAGGACGUCAUAGUUGAUGUGAAAAUCUUCAGUGCUUCUGGAAGCAACAUGAAUUGGGUCCCUUGUUCCUAGGGAAUGUCCCCUGCACUUUUGAGGGAUUUCUCUUUUCUGGACCUAUACAGGAACCAGUCCCUGAUGUCCAGAAUCCCAUAGACUGGAAGGCCUGUAGGGCAAGGUGGGAAUCAUACUUGGUUCAGAAACACUGAGGUAGUGGAGUGGGGAUCACUGUGGCAAAUGAGAGGAGGUGUAUCUGUUCUAAAGGAGGCAUCUCCACAUGUCCAUGAGAUUAUGGCUGUGUGAGAUGAGAGUGUACGGAAAUUCUCAGGACCUUCAGACAUCUGUAUCUCCUGUAGCCAAGGCCACAGUCAGAGUAAAGAAUCUAAAGGUUUGUGGAUUCCUGUACCUCCCUGGGCUGUUGAUGUCAUGGCCAUCAUUACACAGGCAGGAGCCCCAGCACCGACAAAAGAGAUCCAGGGAUAGGCCUCUCUGAUCCAGCCAGCAUUCCUAAUGAUUGAAAUGGAUGUAGACUCCAUUGCUGUCCCUUCUAAAUUGGGGGAGAGGGAUAUGAUAGAAUCAAAAUGGUUAGCAGCUGUGACUUUCCAAGAGGGAGAGUAAAUACAGAUUUUUAUAAGGAGCAUUUAGUUCUUAACUGUAUUGAGGUUCGGUUGACAUGAAAUAAACUGCACAUAUGUAAAGUGUAAAA